CUCUCUCUCUCUCUCUCUGUGCUUUUCUCUGAGCUUUUUCUUCACAAGAAAGAAAGUCUUGCUUGCUUGAGAUACACAUCUGAGUCGAUGUCAAUCCCAAUUCUUGCGGCCUGCCAGAAGAGGAAGCGGAGGCCAAAGCUUUACAGGUUUCAGACAUUCGGUGACCGCGGCUGCCCCAACGACCCCAAGGGCGCCUUCCGCGACAACAUCCGGGUUUUUCUUCAAGAAUGCGCAGAGCUUCAUGAAGACAAUGUCCAUGGCAUGCCCACUUGGUGUACCCUCCUUGUGCACGAGGCCAGAAACUUCGUUGUACCUCUGUACACCAUUGAAGAGGAAGUCGUGUGCUCUCCGCGGCCCUACUGCGAUCACUGCCGAUGCACCGGUUGGAGUAAUCAUUUUCUAUCAAAAAGAAAAUAUCAUUUGAUAAUCCCGGCAGAUGAUGAGUGGAAUAAGCCUUUGGUUGAUGAUGUCAUGGAUAUUCAGACCCAUCUGUUGCAUGGUCUGAUUCACUGCAACGGGUUUGGUCAUUUGCUCUGCAUCAAUGGAAUUGAAGGUGGUUCUAAGUACCUAUGUGGCAGAGAAAUCAUGGACUUAUGGGACCGGAUUUGCACAAAUCUUCGAACCCGGAAAAUCACUCUUGAUGAUGUGUCGAAGAAGAGGUCUAUGGAUCUCAGGUUGCUCUAUGGGGUUGCUUAUGGACAUUCUUGGUUUGGCAGAUGGGGUUACAUAUUCUGCCGUGGAAGCUUUGGAGUGGCAGAGCCCAAUUAUGCUAGAGCGAUUGAAAUUCUUAGCUCAUUGGAACUUGAAAAUAUCAUUGAAGAUCUUAUCAACACUGAGAAAGGCAGAGAAAUCAAGCAAAUUAUUCGUCAUUACAGAGAUAUGAGUGAAACCCAGUUGGCGACAAUCAAAGAUCUUCUCAGGUUUAUGCUAACUAUCAAGUCUCGUGCUCCUACGCAAAUAGACAAAGCUAAUGCUGCUCCUUCAUCUUCCACCCCAAAACCUGCUACCAGAUUUACUAUCCAACUCCAGAACAAGCCUUUGGCAAAGGAAAAAUCACUGACCUAUAGAAGGUUCACUAGUGUAGUUGCCAAUAUGGAUAGUAGAUGGCCCGCAAGAAGACUAGAAUAUGCGGCAGAAGUUGUUGUAAAUGCAUUGAAAGAGAAGAAAGCAGGCAAUCUCUGCCAUGGUGGGAUGACCCGACAAGAUUUGCGAGAUGCUGCUCGGCUUCACAUUGGUGAUACAGGUCUGCUGGAUUAUGUGCUAAAAUCAAUGAACAAUAUAAUUGUAGGAAAUCACAUUGUGCGUCGAACAGUGAACCCAACAACUCGGAUUUUGGAAUACUCAAUUCAUGAGCAGGGCAAUGUAGAAAUAAUACGUCCAAGGCCCCUCCCGGUAUCAGCUCAAGUGCCGGGUGCUGACGUUUACAGUGAUUUGGUUGAUCUGUAUAAAAAUGUUCUGUUGGAUUACAAAGGAUCGGAUUUGGUGGAAUUGGCGACUCGGGCAAUUCUGGAUAGUAGGCAUUUUGUGAAGGAGUGGCCGUUUAUAGAUGAAGAGGAUCAGUUUCUGAGAUUUAUUUGCCGGUUGACGCCAAGGCUGUGCGAUGUAGAAGGUGAUCAAUCGAAAAGAGAGCUACCGCCGGGUGAAAUUAUUGUAGUUCCACUUCAUGCAACAGUUGGAGAGUUAAAGCGGUCGGUGGAGAGCGCGCUGAGGGACACUUACUUCAUCACCGAAGAAUUUGUGGUGAUGGAGAUUUCAGAGCUGGAGGACUUGGGGGAUGAGGAAUUGCUCUUCGGAGCAGUCGAGUCGGGUGUCGAGCUGUGCGUGAGAGGGAGCGGGAUAGGCAUGGAGAAUCGGUUGAGGUACCAGGGCGGGGCUGAGAGUUGGGUUGUGAGAUGCGAAUGUGGGGCACAAGAUGAUGACGGGGAGAGGAUGGUGGAGUGUGACAUUUGCGAGGUCUGGCAGCACACUCGCUGCUGUGGCAUCGACGACACUCAGACUGUUCCUCCGCUUUUUGUGUGCUCAGGAUGCUGCGUCUCGCUUGUGCCACCAAAAAAUGACUCUUGUUGUGCUUUCCAGUGUUCUCCAACACUCGUGUACAAUUCUUUUCUACCACAAAAUUUUUGUCAAUAG